GUGAGCAUUUCUCCAUGUAUAAAUAUGUUGCUCUAAGGUGUGGUUUUCUUGUGUGAGCUGUUUGAAGACAAGAUUGUUUGUUGUUCUUUAUACAAAUGGCUAAGUGGAGGAUUUUGGGUUUUGUAGUGAAGGUGAUGUGCAUUGUCAUGUGGGUACUUGCUCUUUUUAGUGUGGAGAAUGCUGUUGUUGGGGCGAGACAUGGACGUGGGCCGUGUCAGAAGGGGGAGAGAUUAUUAGGACAUGAGGAUAUGGUGACUGAUUUGCCUGGCCAACCGAGGGUAUGUUUUCGCCACUAUGCUGGCUAUGUGAAGGUAAACGAGAAGAAUGGAAGGGCACUCUUCUAUUGGUUCUAUGAGGCAUUGAGUCGCGCCGAGGAGAAACCUUUGGUGCUAUGGCUCAAUGGAGGUCCUGGGUGUUCUUCAGUGGGAUACGGUGCAACGCAAGAGAUCGGUCCUUUUAUAGUUAAGUCACAUGGGCAUGGGCUAAAAUUCAACCCCUAUUCAUGGAACAAAGAAGCCAACAUGUUAUUUCUGGAGUCUCCCGUUGGUGUCGGCUUUUCCUACUCAAACACAACUAGUGAUUAUACUAUUCUCGGCGAUGACCUCACAGCAAAUGAUACCUACACUUUCCUGCACAAGUGGUUCAACAAGUUUCCAUCUUACAGAAAGAGAAGUUUUUACAUUGCGGGCGAGAGCUACGCUGGAAAGUAUGUUCCGGAGUUAGCCGAGGUCAUUUAUGACAUGAACAAGGAUCCUUCUCUACACAUUGAUCUCAAGGGUUUCUUGCUGGGAAACCCAGAAACUUCGGACGCUCUAGACUGGCAAGGUCUGGUGGAUUACGCCUGGAGCCAUGCUGUUGUGUCUGAUGAAACUCACAAAGUCAUCAAAAGCUCCUGUAAUUUCUACAGCGAUGAUACAUGGAGCAAUGAAGAAUGUACUCGGGCAGUUGAUGAAGUCAUGAAACAGUAUCACCAGAUCGAUAUCUAUAGCCUCUACACAUCAGUUUGCACGAACACUUCCAUGGGUUCGGAAGCUAACUCAAGGCAAUUCAUGUAUAAGUUCUCAUCUAAGAUGAUGCCAAGAAUAAUGGGCGGUUAUGAUCCGUGCCUUGACAAUUAUGCCAAGGUUUUCUACAACCGACCUGAGGUGCAAAAGGCCCUCCAUGUUAGUGAUGGCCACCACCUUAAGAACUGGAGCAUCUGCAAUGAUGAAAUAUUUCAUGGGUGGGCAGAUUCUAAGCCGUCUGUUCUGCCAAUAUACAAGAAGCUUAUUGCAGCAGGACUUCGAAUAUGGGUGUACAGUGGAGAUACAGAUGGAAGAGUUCCUGUGUUAUCUACAAGGUACAGUUUGCGUGAUCUGGGACUACCUAUCACUCGCUCAUGGAGGCCAUGGUAUCACGAGAAACAGGUAAGUGGUUGGCUACAAGAGUAUCAAGGGCUCACUUUCGCAACGUUUAGAGGAGCUGGCCAUGCUGUUCCUAUUUUCAAACCAAGCAGUUCUCUGGCUUUCUUUGCAUCCUUCCUUGCUGGUGAAUCUCCCCCUGCGGAACGAUGAAUCGACGGCUCCUAUGGCUUCUCUCCAUCUCCACUUGAUUUUUGUCCAAACCAGUUCGCGGAUGUAAUUCUCUAUACGUUAGGCAUAGUUAUAAAAGAGAUACCGUGUUGCUAAGGUGUUAAGGUAGAGCUUUUUUAACCGCACACGUGUCUGCAAUAAAGCUCAUUUACACACCACACAUGCGCCAGCAUGGCUCCUGCGAGAUCCAUCCGUCCAUCCAUAUGAGACUGGUACCACCUUCUACAUGUUUUCCCAAAAAUAAAUGGUCCAUUCAGCAUGUGGGCCACGAUAUUAAUUAAGAACAUGGGAUGGGUUUAGAAAGCUUCAGCCAAGUAAUUGAUUGUUAGGCUAGGGCAUCACUACAUCCUUUCCAGUGGACGGAUUGGAUCUCAGAUGUACUGUGCCAUGCUGCCACACGUGUGGCAUGUACACGAUCUUUAUGGCACAAGUCAGUGCACUU